AUUAACAUUCGUAGCAUCCUUAUUUUAAUUUUUUACUUUGUACUGGAAUGUUCUUUUAGUGUCCACAAUUAGCUAAUAUCUAGCUAAACACUCUGACACUUAAGUAAAGUUCAUUCAUUCAUUCAUUCCGUCAGUCAGUCAGUCAGUCAGUCAGUCAAUCGAAAAGGUUUCCGCCUCACGCCUCCACGUUAACUCGUUCAAAGUUAGCCUGCAGAACAGGCGGAUUAGCGGGGUAGAGAGCUAAACGCGCUCCGCGCUCGUGUAUCGCGUUUCGCUCUCUGUGCCGCUAAUUCGCCUGUUCUGCAGGCUAUUUCAAAGUUCGCGGGAAAUCUGGAGGGCCCUUAGACCUCGCUUCCAUGCUACUUCCGGCUUACAGUCUUUUAAAGUGUGUAUGACAAUGAUCUGUGUAUUCUUAGGUGUCUUGCAGGCAUACUAUAUUCAACCAGAUCCCCAGGGAUCCCCAGGGCCUUCUCCUCGACGAUUUGAAAAGUAGAGAAGGCCCUGGGGAUGAGUUUAGCCGACCGUCGCGCGAAGGUCAGCGGUCGAAUUUCAACAUGGCGUCUUCGUCUUCACGUGUGUCCUACGGGAUUUCUUUGCAAGAAGCAAAAAGAAAAUGUUCGGAAAGGAAUUCUUGUUUUAUUCGGGUUGAGUCGACAGAACAUAUUGGACUUCAUUCGCGCUAUCUUGGUCGUUUAAAAGAAGGGGUGAAGGAAGAGUUAAACAGUAAGCUAAUGAAGUAUUCAGACGUUCUGGAAGGUGUCCCUGUAAAUUACGAGAGUAUUCAAAUUCAGCAAAGAACUGGGUCUAUUCUGGAUGAACUGCCCUACAUCCACUUCGACGUCAAAGUUAAUUUCAUCGUAUUCAAGCCAACAGUCGGAAGUACACUUGUCGGCGUAGUAAACAAAUUUGGCGUUGAUCAUGUUGGAUGUUUGGUUCACAAUUGUUUCAAUGCUUCUGUCUCGAAAUCGAACUUCAGAAAUGGAUUUAUGUAUGACAAUCUCGAUAUUGGAUCUGAAUUUGCAUUUAAGGUUAUUGGAACUGAGGCUGUUAAUGGCGUGUUAGCAAUAACAGGACAAGUUGGACAACAAAAGGAGACAAGGAAAAGGAAACACAAAGACACGGAGAGAACUCAAGAACAAUCUGAAGCUGGGGGAAUAAAUGAAUUACAGAGUAACCAGUCACAGAGAAUGAAUCAGAAUGGUGUUAACCAAAUGAAUGGAAACACAAAAUCAAAGAAAGGGAAGAAGGACAUAAAAGAUUCGAGAAAAAGGGGGAAGAACAAAUAAACACAGAAUGAGGCAAUUUGACUUUUAAUAAAUCAUUUGAAAUUGAAAUGCUAUUACGUUUUGUUUUGAAGAAACUGUGUUACCGAAGUCGUACCUUGAUUUGUCGUUGGAAAUCGAUCCUAAUCUUCCCACUUGUAAGACGUAAUCAUCCUUGGUGAGGGAAUUCUAAUUCACGUCCAAAGCUUGCUUCAGUUUUAUCAUUAAGCACUUAAUGACUGGCCCUAAGGGAAACAGUGAGUUUUGUUUCCUAA